AUGGCGAGAGGAUCUCGAUAUCAAGGGAUCGAACCCGGCGGGCUAGCGCUGACGUAUUCCGAGGCGCCACAAGCAGCCGGUGGAGUGGAGCUCGUAGAUUCUCCUGCUGGUGCUGGUGCUGGUGGUGCUGCUGCAGGCAUCGACGGCUACAGCAACCAAAGCAUCACGCCUCCCUCGGCCAACGUGAAGCCCAUCAGCAGCCGCAGGCGGUUGACCUCUCUCACCAUCCGCAACUAUGCCGGUUGCAGCAACGACGAGGACGACGACGACGAGUCUGCCAAGGACAAGAAAAGAAACCAGCCUGUCGUUCAUCUCAAGUCAGACGACGGCGACGACGACAAGCAGAGUGCCGGCAAGGUCCCCGACAUCCGGACCAUCGUCGACCUCGCCACCGGCCGAGCGGGUCUCCGAGUGUCGGCGGCGAAGGUCGGCCCGUCGCCGAGCGGCAGCGCCUGCAGUGGCGGCAGCUUGAGCUUCAGCAGCCGCGGCGGCGACAAGCACCCGUGCUCCACGACGACGCCUUCCGGCCCGCACGCGACUCCGGUCAGGCCUCUGCGCCUGGACAAAGCCCUGCCGCCGCCGCCGCCGCUGCCGCACGCGCCGAAGGCGCCGCGGCGGGCUCCGCCGCCGCCCCCGCCGGUUUCACCGCUCAGCCGCCCCCCCCACCUCAGCCCUAGGGACGCCGGCGGGCCUUGUGGCCACGCCCCGAGGGCCUCCGUGGCCACCGUGGCGGAGAUGCUGGCGAAGGCGGACGCAGUGGAGGCGUUAAUGUUGGCGAACGACGGGGUGGCGACGGCGGCGGAAGCAAAAGCAGAAGCAGAAGCAGAAGCAGCUCGGGCGAAACCCACGGGAGGCGAGAGCACCACUCCCAGCAGCGGAAGAAUGAGGAGGCCUCCGCCUUCAAGGCCGCCUCAGCGUGAGCGGCAGCAGCGGCGCGGUCAUCAUUACGAGGACCAGCGCCGGGAUGGCUCGGAUCCCGCGCGCUCCGGCCUCCCCGUCGUCGUCAACCCGUACCGCGUCGCCGAAAAGAGCGGGAGCUCUCGCGCCGUGGACGCGAGGCAGCGGCAGAGAAAGGGAGGAGGGCGGCAACGGCGCCGCGCCAAGAAAGACGGGAUGCUGGAAGGCGCGGGGGGCGGUUGUAGAAGCGGCGCCAACUUCCGAGGGCGCAGGCGCGGGGGGCAGCAGAAGCAGCAGCACCAGGCCGGAGGGUCCUUGACUGUUGAGUCGAGCCCAACUACGUCGCGCUCUUCCUGGGCUGCGUCUUCCCCUUCGGCUGCCGCUAGCGGCAGCGUGUACACGGUCGACUGGAUCUGGCCCGCGAAGGGCCCGCAGAAGCAGCCGCCGCGCCUCGUCUGCCGCUACGACGACGGAACCGACGACGACGUUCUCGCCUGCCCCACUCCCAUCGCGUCCCCGGGGUCGGGACGGGAGGGGCGGCGUGGCGCGGGUCACCGGGCGGGCUGCGGAGGAGGAGGAGGCGGAGGCGCUCGAGAGUGCGACGACGGCGCCGACCUCUCCCGCCGGGGCGAGUGUCGCGCUUGUCGGUCGCCGGCGUGCGGCCACGCGGCGUGGGCGGCGGCACUGGAAGCAGCGCAAGCCUCCGCGCAGCGAGCGGCGGCGAGCCGUUCAUCGGCGGGGGAGCCGGCGGGAACGACGGCCGGCGGCGGCGGGACGGCCACCACCCCGGCAAACUGCGGGGUUCCGCUGUUCGGGGCGUUCCAUCCCGACGGGCACGGCGGGUGGAUCGGGUCGCUGUUGCCUUCCCCCCCUCCGGCACCGGCGGGUCCUCCUCCGGCGCCGGCUCCUUCGUGCGCGCCCAAGUUUGGCGGCGAGGGGGGCGAACAAGCGGUCGCCGACGACGAAGACCUGGACGAUCUCGCACCGCUGCCCCCGCCACUGCCGGUGCGGUCGGCCAGGCAGAAAUCGGCGAGGCGAGCGGCGGGAGGCCUUGCGGCGGGUCGGUCGUCCGGUGUCGGCGGCGGCGGCAGCGGCGGCGGCAGCGGCGGCGGCGGCAACGAUGCCGGUGACCACCACCGUGCGGAGGUGGCGACGGUGGCGCAGGCCGGGGGGUGGUGGCGCGUCUUUCGGAGCUGGUUUGAAGGGCCGCAGGCUGACGGGGUAUCGCCGGUGCCCCCGUCCACGGCGGCGGCGCCGGCACCGAUACCGGCGGCGGCGACGACGAUGAUGACCCAGGAGGACACCAUUUCGGAUUUUCUGAACCCCUUUUCGCCUGCCUCUUACAGGCGCUUCUCCGCCUCGCUUGCUGAUGCCGGCGCUCCCAGCGACGGGUAUGUCAGCGGGGAUGGGUUUUUUGGUGGUGGUGGCGGUCGCGAUGCUGCUGGUACUCGCCGGUCUCCGGAGAUGGCGAAGCUAAAUCUCGAGGAGCGCGUCAUGGGGUGCGUGUUCGGAGGCAACGACAGCCCGGACGGAUACGGGGAGGAGGCGAUGAUGACGUGGCAACGCGGGCGAGAGAUAUACGGGGGGGGUCGUCAGGAGGACGGCAGAGGGGAGGUGAAGGAGAGCGAGCCUCCCCCCGCGUGCUUCACCGUUCGUCAGCACCCCCCCCCCUCCCGCCUGCUGCCCGACAACGCCUGGCGCCUACCCGCCGGCGUCGAGGACGCUUCGGGUUCCCCGGCUGCACCUGACAGCGGCACCGCCGACGGGCUGUCGAAACCAUUCGGCACCGCUGCCACGCGUGGCGCCGGGAUGGCAAGGGCGCGCGCGUUCCGCUCUUCUCCGUCCCUGCGGCCGCCGGGGACGCCGCGCUCGUCGCCGCGCAGGGUUACGGCGGCCGCCCGCUCCGCCUGGUUGGCCCGCUCCGCCUCCGACACUUGUGCCGCCGUCGACAGAGUCACCGCUAGAGCCUGGCUGGCCCGUUCCGCUUCCGACUGCGCUGCCGCGGUCGCCAGGGCUAACGCUAACGCUGCGGCUUACGCCGACGCAGCGGACGCCGCCGCCGCCGCCGCCGCCCUCGCCGAACAGGCGUCCGUCGCGGCCCGCGCCGCCGCCGAAACUGCCAUAGAAGCUCGCGACGCGCUUGUUUUUAGCGACUCCAUCAACGCUGUGGCGAGGGCCUGA